AAGUGGGGGGCGAAGUCCUUCGACGCACCCAUGGCUUUUCUACGCACUCCAAUUCGGGAGCAGGUCUUCCUCGAGCCGCCAGCUGAGCACAGGCAACAUUGCAUCGAGAACUUUGGCGGGAACCCAGGCGAUGUGGUUUGGAAGUUGAAUUGCACGAACUGCGAGCCCAACGAGGACACGGUGGAUUUCGACGCGCGCUGCAGCAAGAUCAACAUCGAUGAGCUCAACAUGAGGAGGUCGGUUUCAGAGCCAAGCAUUUACGUCAGCGAGGAUGCGAAGAUAACUGCGGCGAGACACGUGGACGAUGGCAUGGCCAUUGGAGAAGGUCCAGAUCCAGACGAGUUCGUCGAGGCGCUGGGCGAGCACUUCUUGCUUCAGUUCACUCCAGAAAUGACCAGAGGGUUCUCUGUCCGGGUGGCGCCCAAGACGAUUGACAGUUCGCUCGACCACACGGGAGCUCAGCACGCGAAGGCGGUGGCGACCCCAGGUUUGAAACCAGAGGUGAAGAAGGACGGCGAGGAGUUGCUCAGCGAUGACGAGGCGAGGUAUGACUUGCAGCUCGCGGCGAAGAAGAUCAGCAGAGGUAUGAGUCAACCUACUGCGGGAGAUGCUCUACGUCUUGAGAGGGCUGCUCGCUAUUUCGGCGGAGCCAGGGAAUUUGCCAAUCUGAUCGCGCCAGAGGUCACGGACAACAUCGUCGCCAGGGUGAGGGUGGAUAGCGACUGGGCUGGCGACAAGAUUG